CUUCAUACAUUGACAUUCAGAUAAACCAUGUCGCAAAGAAAUACGAAAAUGAUGAUGCUUUUAGCACAAAAAAAUAAGGCGUUGAGGGAAAAGUUUAAGGAAUCCAAACAAUUACAACGUAAUAUUAAAACGAUCGAUCCCGACUUUUUUCCUACUAGUGAUUCAGAUGAUGAUCCCGCAUUUUCAAGAUUCAACAGUGCUGAUCAAUUACUAGCUCCGAUUCUUCCUUCCUCAAAUGGUUUCGACUUUGAAGAUUCACAUUUUUUAUCGGGUCCGUGUACAUCAAACGUUGAUUAUUUCGCUAUGCAUCAGGAUGAUCAAAACACAGAAAUCGGGAAUAACAACAAAUCCCCUAACUCGUUGAUCACAUUGACAACUGUGCCAAUUAUUGAACAUAAUGAUUUAAGUGAUAAUACUAUUUGCACUUCUGAAUCUCUUAGGAAUAAUUCAAAUGUGAUAAGUGUUCAAUACGAAAAAUCUGUUGAGAAUUCAUCUCAAGGACACGAAGUGACACCAAAUGAUAAUCUUAGGGACACCGAGAAUCUGACACAAAACGAGAUAGCUGAUGGAAAUACACAUAAUCUUACAACUUAUACUAAGGCCGGUACAAUUAGGAAAAGAAAAAAACACGACCAACCUCUCAAAGUCAGAAAUGAAGUGAAAAAAAGUGAGAUUAGAGAGAAACAUAACGUUAAACCACCCUGUCCUGCUUCAUGCAAAAAGCAGUGUAUCCAAAAUAUAUCGGAAGAGCAGCGAAAAAUUAUAAAUGAGAGCUUCUGGAGUUUGAAUGACAAAGAGAGGAAGGCUUAUAUGCUGCAUCACACCUCAGCUAAAUCUGUGAAACAAAGAACAGUAACAAGAUUUGAAUCAGAGGAGUACAGAAAAAAAGUAAGCUACAGUUAUUCACUUAAGGACGUGCUCGGUACAAAGUAUGGAGUAUGUAAAACCUUCUUUUUGACAACUUUGGGCUACAAAUCAUCUAAUGACAAACCUUUACAUACGGCUUUGGCCAAUUCUAACGACACGGUUGCACCACCAGUAGACAAAAGACUGGGAGCUACUCCUCACAAUAAAAUUGAAUCUACUCCUAUUAAGGAACAUAUAAUGAGCUUUGAGCCGAGUAUAUCUCAUUACAGGCGUGAACACGCUCCCAAUCGCUUAUACUUACCCAGUGAUUUGACAAUCAGUGCGAUGCAUAAAGACUUUUUAGAAAAAAAUCCGUCUUGCAAAGUAUCUUACGAUAAAUAUCGAGAAGUAGUCGCAGAAUUAAAUAUUUCUUUUGUAAAGCUUGGCCACGAAGAGUGUGAGGACUGUGAAGAGUUCCGUUUACACGAUGAUACACAUACCAAAGAAAACCUUAAAGAAGACUGUCUAGGUUGCACGAAGUGGAAAAGUCAUAACAAACGGGCAUACAUGUCCAGAGAGCAGUAUAAAUUAGACAGUGAGCUAAAUGAAACUGAUACUGUUGUAUAUUCUGCUGAUUUACAAAAAGUUAUCAUGCUGCCCAGGAUAGACAUGUUCAAAACUGCUAUUUUUACUCAUAGGAUAGUGGUUUACAACGAAAGUUUCGUGCCAACUGGUCAAGGCCGAAAAGAUUUGAGUGUUUUUCCUGUACUAUGGUAUGAAGGGUUGUUUGGACGUUCCAAAGCCGAAAUUAUAAGUGCAUACUAUCAAUUUUUUAUUUUUCAUCGGGAUAAAAAAAAUAUCAUACUAUGGGUUGAUAAUUGUUCCUCCCAGAACAAAAACUGGACGUUUUUUUCUUUCUUAAUUUAUAUUAUAAAUUCUAAGGAUAUCAACGCCGACAAGAUUGUCAUCAAAUAUUUUGAAUCCGGCCACACCUUUAUGUCAGCUGAUAGUUUCCAUCAUAGGGAAGAGCUGUCCAUAAAACGCAUGAAAAACAAAAUUUAUGAUUUCGCAGAUUUUUCUCAGGCAGUUAGCACUGCAGGAAAAAAUGUAAAACUUAAAGAGAUGAACAUGCAAGACUUUUAUGACUGGGAUGAUUAUACCACACAAUAUGCACUGUCUCGAAUUAAACCGCGUCCAUAUGUCAGCGAAAUGCAAAAUAAAUACCAAGAGGCGUUAAAAGAGGUAAAGGAAAAUGAAGCCAUAAUAGUUUGUGACUUCUCGGAAAAUUAUCAAGCAAAACUUGCUGAAGAAAUCCAGGCAAUGCAUUAA